AUGGCUUCUGAAACGUUUUCGGAAAAUCUUCAUAGGGUUCUGGGCUCGAUUAUGGAGGGCGCAGGGAAACUCAAGGCCAACCACGACGCCUUGCAGCUUCUUCUUAGUGAUAAUUGUACAACAAAGAGCCCACGUGUAACAAUGUGUGAGCAAAGAGUGGAGUUCUGCGACGCCAAUUGCACUUUGCUACGGCUCAGAUCUGAUAUAACGAAGCUGGAGGAUCUGCUGGUGACUCUUGGCAAAAAAGUCGUAGAUGGUAAAAUAUCUGACCUGUACCCUUCAAUGGAAAACCUUGAUCUGACCGAGAAGACAAAUGACACAAUAGAAUGCGAGGCUUGUUCGUCCCCCCACCUACAAUUGGAUGUUUCGCCAGGUAUUGAAGUACGGCUGGAGGACGAAGCAAAGGUAGACCGUCGAUCAAGACGUCGUUCGCGAUCUCUGACUUUUAUAGUGAGUUUUACCGAGUUCUAUGGCGUUUCCAGUGUUUUUUUUUUGUUUGGUAAUCAGAAUCAACAUGGAUUUCUACAUUUUGUAUCAUCUGUCUGUUUUCAUUAG